AUGGCUGAUAUUAACGCAUGGGCAGCUCCUCGUCUCUCCCAGCUUCUCCCGCUGGAUCCAGACUCACUUUCUCAGGUCAUCGACUAUGCCCUCAGCCUUUCGAGGGAGGCAUGUGCCGACCAUCUCAAAAACCUCCUAGGCGACUCCCCGGCUGCCCUAGAAUUCAUCUCCUCGUUUAAUUCACGGCGAGAACCCCAGCGACCACCUCAGAACCCCUCUACACAAAACAGAGAUGCAUCGAGAUCAAGUGGAGGAGCCAAGAAGGGCAAAAAGAAGGCCCCGCUGCACACUGCCGGCCCACCACGCCGACCAGACAACUACGGCGAUGUAGGAGGUGCCUACAAGAAAGCCGAUGAAGAAGACUAUAUGUCUUCUCGGAAACCAACUGCUCCCGCUCUUGCACCAUCCCCGCAUGGGUCCUCGGCCUCGUCACGCAUUCCCUCCCCUUUACCUGCAUCAUCCCCGAAGCCACCACCAUCCGCGAGCGGCCCUACGAUCUCAGACAUGCUACCAAAUGUGCGAUCCAAAGUGAGCAAGUCAACACGUCAAGGUGGAGGAGCCGGAUCAUCUUCCAAGGGAAGCACAGCUCUCUCAACCAACGAUAUCUCCGACCUCACCGCAGCUAUCGCCGCCCUAGAGGUAUCGACAAAUCCAAGUCUCGGGGAGAGACGCAACUGCACCUGCUAUGGUUCACUACACCCAGUAUUCGAUCCAGCGCCCAAUUGUCUUAACUGCGGGAAAAUUAUUUGCUCACUCGAGGGAUUACAGCCGUGCUCAUUCUGCGGCACACCACUCCUCUCCGCCGAAGAAGUGCAGGGUAUGAUUCGGGAACUACGGGCGGAGCGGGGACAAGAGAAGAUGCGCGUACACAAUGAAGGUGUUCAUCAUGAAGGGGGUCCCAGACCUACUCCCGGGUCCGAACCUUCCAAACUGGAUGCCGCGAAAGCACACAGGGACAAGCUGCUCCAGUUCCAAGCGCAGAACGCCCGCCGAACAAAGGUUGUCGAUGAAACGGCGGAUUUCGAGACUCCGAAUGUCGCCUCAACCUUGUGGAUGACACCCAUCCAACGAGCGUUGGCGCUCAAGAAACAGCAGCGCAUUCAGCGCGAGAUGGAUGAGAAAGCUCGUCCCGAAUGGGAGAAGAAGAAGACUGUAAUGAGUCUUGAUAUUAAAGGUGGCAAGGUCCGCCGAGUCUAUCAUUCCGCACCGGCAGAACCAACUCCAGAGGUCAGCGAGCCUGAGCCUGUUGAUGAAGUAGGUGCGGAGGACAGCCCUCAAGGACAACGCACUUUCAGUCGCAAUCCUCUUCUCGCAGCCGGUGGUCUUAUGCGACCUGUUUGGCGUGCCCCGGAGAUAAAACAGGCUGAAGCAGUGGGACAGACCGAACGAAAACAGACUUGGCGACGUGUGCAAGAUGACAACGACGACAACGAGCAAUGGAUUUUGGACGGAGGAAUACAUGGACACGCCAGUUAG